AUGUCAUGGUCAUUGCUCCGUCCAGCGCUAGUCGCUAACCAUGCUGCACCUCGUACCACCGAGGGUCUCGUCCGCAGAGCAGCAUCGCGUGUCCUAGACUGGACACCACGACCGGGCGGGGCCUCUGGGGGAAAUCAACGACGGUGCAACAGCACACGUGUGAAGCAACCCACCAUCUUACCGGCCUUGCCGAAAAGUACGCUUGACCAUAGUGGCGCUGCCUUGAACAGAAUCAUUCCCGUGGCUGCGUACUCGACCGUCGUAGAGUCGUCUUCUACACCCUACUCAGAUCUUACCGUCGGCGUCCCUCGCGAGACGUACGACAACGAGCGUCGUGUGGCUAUCUCGCCCCAGAAUGUUGCGCUUUUAAAGAAGAAGGGCUUCGGGAGGAUCCUCAUAGAGCGUGGUGCCGGCGCGCGAGCCGACUUUCUGGACGAGGCUUACGACAAGGCCGGCGCCACCCUAGUCAAUAGGGAUGAGGUCUGGAGUAAAGCCGAUAUCCUGCUGAAGGUCCGCGGGCCUAGUUCGAAGGAAACCAAGCAGUUGAAAGAAGGCGCGACAGUUAUCUCGUUUCUCCAGCCGGCGCAAAACAAGGAUCUCGUAGAACAGCUCGCCGCCCGUAAGACCACAUCUUUUGCCAUGGACAUGAUCCCGCGCAUCUCUCGCGCGCAGGUAUUCGACGCUCUUAGUUCAAUGGCGAAUAUCGCCGGCUAUAAGGCAGUGCUAGAAGCGUCUAACAACUUUGGCCGUUUCUUGACUGGCCAGGUCACCGCGGCGGGUAAGAUUCCGCCUUGCAAGGUCCUCGUUAUCGGUGCUGGGGUGGCCGGCUUGAGCGCGAUCGCAACUGCGCGCAGAAUGGGCGCUAUCGUCCGCGGCUUUGACACGCGCGCGGCCGCAAGAGAGCAGGUGCAAUCUCUCGGCGCUGAGUUUAUCGAGGUUGACAUUCAAGAGGACGGUUCCGGAGCGGGCGGUUAUGCGAAAGAAAUGUCGCCCGAGUUCAUCGCCGCCGAGAUGAAGCUAUUUACCGAACAGGCGCGGGAUGUCGACAUCAUAAUCACCACGGCACUGAUCCCUGGCAGACGUGCGCCCACCCUGAUCACCAAGGCUAUGGUCGAGGUCAUGAAGCCCGGCUCAGUCGUCGUCGACUUAGCUGCCGAAGCAGGAGGCAAUUGCGAGGUAACCCAAGCUGGGAAACUUGUGACACACAACGACGUGAAAAUCAUCGGUUACACGGAUUUGCCGUCUAGACUUCCCACGCAGUCGUCCACCUUAUACUCGAAUAAUAUUGUAAAAUUCCUUCUCUCGAUGGCACCCAAGGACAAGGCAUUCGGUAUUGAUCUCAACGACGAGGUGGUUCGAGGCGCAAUCGUUACGCACAACGGAAAGAUCCUCCCUCCUGCGCCCCGGCCCGUUCCACCACCCGCACCAACCUCUAAAGCGGCGACCAAGGUCGAGGAACAGGCCGUCGCACUGACACCGUUUCAGAAGACAUCGCGAGAAGUAGCUGCUGUUACUGCCGGGAUGGGCACUGUUCUGGCACUUGGGAAGCUCACCGGGCCUAUCUUUAUGGGGAACGCUUUCACUUUCGGUUUGGCUUCCUUGAUCGGGUACCGCGUGGUUUGGGGUGUCACCCCGGCUCUCCAUUCUCCCCUGAUGAGCGUCACCAAUGCCAUAUCUGGGAUGGUUGGCAUUGGUGGUUUGUUCAUUCUGGGUGGUGGCUACGUCCCCGAGACCUUUCCCCAAGCCCUGGGUGCCGCCUCUGUGCUUCUGGCUUUCGUGAACGUGUCGGGCGGGUUUGUGAUAACUAAGAGAAUGCUUGACAUGUUUAAGCGUCCCACGGAUCCGCCGGAGUAUCCGUGGCUGUAUGCGAUUCCUGGGGUGGUAUUUGGAGGUGGCUACCUGGCGGCCGCAGCGACCGGUGCCGCAGGACUCGUCCAGGCUGGCUACAUGGUUAGCUCAAUCCUCUGCAUCAGCUCGCUGUCAGGUUUGGCGUCUCAGGCCACGGCGAGGAUGGGCAACUUGCUCGGGAUCCUCGGUGUCAGCUCCGGCGUUCUCGCUUCUCUACUGGCUGUUGGAUUUACCCCUGAGGUGUUGACGCAAUUCGGCGCCCUAGCUACUAUCGGAAGUAUCCUCGGGUUCCUUAUCGGGAAGCGCAUUACGCCAACAGAUCUCCCUCAGACGGUCGCGGCGCUACACUCUGUUGUCGGUCUAGCUGCAGUAUUGACUAGUAUUGGCAGCGUGAUGGGCGACCUCUCAGACAUCACAACACUACACCUCGUUACAGCCUACCUCGGCGUCUUAAUCGGCGGUAUCACAUUCACCGGUUCCAUCGUUGCGUUCAUGAAGCUUGCCGGAAAGAUGUCUUCGAGGCCACUAACCCUUCCGGGAAGACACCUCAUCAACUCUGGCAUGCUCGCCGCUAAUAUCGGGACGAUGGGGGCCUUUGUCACCAUGGCUCCCGGUUCGCCCAUGAUCGCCGCUGCGGCGCUCAGCGCCAAUACCAUCCUCUCAUUUGCUAAGGGAUACACUACGACGGCUGGUAUCGGCGGAGCGGACAUGCCAGUUGUGAUCACCGUGCUCAAUGCCUAUAGUGGCUUUGCUCUGGUCGCCGAGGGUUUCAUGUUGGAAAAUCCGUUGCUGACUACCGUUGGCGCCCUCAUUGGCGUAUCUGGCUCGAUCCUAUCGUAUAUCAUGUGCGUGGCGAUGAAUCGAUCCCUCACUAACGUGCUAUUUGGCGGCAUAUCGGCACCCAAGGCGAGCGACUACAAGAUUGAGGGAUCGGUAACUCAGACCAACGUCGAGGACACGGCCGAGGCGCUUGUAAACGCAGAGAGCGUCAUCAUCGUGGUCGGCUACGGCAUGGCGGUCGCGAAAGCGCAGUACGCCAUUAGCGAGAUUACGAGGACGCUCCGCGCGAAAGGGAUUAAAGUUCGCUUCGCCAUCCAUCCCGUCGCGGGCCGCAUGCCGGGGCAGUGCAACGUUCUGCUCGCGGAAGCCAGCGUGCCUUAUGAUAUCGUGUUGGAAAUGGACGAGAUUAACGACGACUUCGGAGACACGGAUGUCACGCUCGUCAUCGGUGCCAACGAUACGGUGAAUCCGAUUGCCCUGGAGCCCAAUAGCCCCAUCGCGGGUAUGCCCGUCCUUCACGCCUGGAAGAGCAAGCAGGUCGUUGUCAUGAAACGGGGCAUGGCUAGUGGUUACGCGGAUGUUCCCAAUCCCAUGUUCUACAUGCCCGGAACGAAGAUGCUAUUCGGCGACGCCAAAGUUACUUGUGAUGCCAUCAAAUCCGCCGUCGAAUCCCGGAUCUAG